GAUCCAUUGUGGUCCCUUCCCACUCUACAAUCGAUGAAUCUAUGGCUGAGAUUGCAAUUUAUGGUAGUACCCAGUGAUUGCAGACAGGGCUGUGGGGGCCGGGAGCAGCUGAUGCAGGAGACACUGAUGGUGCAACGCUUGUGCCUGCAGCUCCGGGAGGUGUUUGAGGACGUGGCUGUGUAUUUCACACGGGAGGAGUGGGAGCUGCUGGACGAUGAAGACAAGGUGCUUUACCGGGACCAGAUGCUGAAGAAUCACCAAGCCCUCGUUUCCGUGGGAUAUCGAGGUCCCACACCUGACUUAAUCUGCAGCAUCCAGCAGGAACAGGUGGAGCUCUGGGUCUGUGAUGAUGAGGACCGUGGGGAAAUCUCAAGAUGGGAGGACCUGCUGCCAGGAGGUGCCUGGCCACUGAGCAGAGCUAAGGAGCAGCCUCCUGCGGAAGGGUCUGCAGACCUGGAGCCAGCACAGGUUUCCCCAGGGAGUUUGGGUGACAUGGACUCCCUGAGACCUGAGAAGAAGCCAUGGCAUGAAAGUCAGGGGAGGUCCCAAAAGCAGAAGGAGAAUGUAGCCAUGAACCAGGACUGGUGCAUCCACCUAGGGAGGAAGACACACCACUGCACUGAGUGCAGGAAGAACUUCAGCUGCUUGCAAGACCUGUCCCAGCACGAGUGUGUGCAGCACCAUUGCGCCAAGUGUGGGAAAAGAGUCAGGCAUCUCUCCAACCUGGCAAGGCACUGGUGCAUGCACACAAGGGAGAAGCUACAUCAGUGCUCAGUGUGUGGGAAGAGCUUCACUCACUCGUCCAGGCUGACUCGACACCAGCGUAUCCACACAGGGGAGAAGCCACAUCAGUGCUCAGAGUGCGGGAAGAGCUUCACUCACUCGUCCAGGCUGACUCGACACCAGCGUAUCCACACAGGGGAGAAGCCACAUCAGUGCUCAGAGUGCGGGAAGAGCUUCACUCACUCGUCCAGGCUGACUCGACACCAGCGUAUCCACACAGGGGAGAAGCCACAUCAGUGCUCAGUGUGCGGGAAGAGCUUCACUCACUCGUCCAGGCUGACUCGACACCAGCGUAUCCACACAGGGGAGAAGCCACAUCAGUGCUCAGAGUGUGGGAAGAGUUUUGCUAACUACUCCAGCCUGGCUCAACACCAGCGUACCCACACAGGGGAGAAGCCAUAUCAGUGCUCAGAGUGUGGAAAGAGCUUCACCGAGUCCUCCAGCCUGGCCCAGCACCAACGUAUCCACACAGGGGAGAAGCCACAUCAGUGCUCACAGUGUGGGAAGAGCUUCACUUACUCCUUCAACCUGGCUCAGCACCAGCUGAUCCACACAGGGGAGAAGCCAUACGAAUGCUCAGAGUGUGGGAAGAGCUUCACUCACUCCUCCAGCCGGGCUCGACACCAACUUAUUCACACGAGGGAGAAAUCAUAUCAUUGCUCCGAGUGUGGGAAGAGCUUCACCCUAUCUUCUGCCCUGGUCCGGCACCAGCUGAUACACACAGGGGAGAAGCCACAUCAGUGCUCAGAGUGUGGGAAGAGCUUCACCCAGUCCUCCCACCUGUCCCGACACCAGCUCAUCCACACAGAGAAGAAACCAUAUCCAUGCUCGGAGUGCGGGAAGUGCUUCCUCCACUCCUUGCAACUGGCUCAGCACCAGUGCAUCCCUACUGGGGAGAAGACGCACCACUGCACUGAGUGCAGGAAGGACUUCAGCUGCUUGCAAGACCUGUCCCAGCAUGAGUGUGUGUGGCACCACUGCACCAAGUGUGGGAAGAGAUUCAGGCAGCUAUUCAACCUGGCGAGUCACCGGUGCAUGCACACAAGAGAGAAGCCACUUCAGUGCUUAGAGUGUGGGAAGACCUUCGCUUACAUCUCCCAGCUGGCUCGGCACCAGCGUAUCCACACAGGGGAGAAGCCCCAUCAGUGCUUGGAGUGUGGGAAGAGCUUUGCUAACUCCUCAGGCCUGGCUCAGCACCACCGAAUCCACACAGGGGAGAAGCCAUAUCAGUGCUCAGAGUGUGGGAAGAGCUUCACUUACUCCUCCAGCCUGGCUCAACACCAGCGAAUACACACAGGGGAAAAGCCACAUCAGUGCUCAAAGUGUGGAAAGAGCUUCACACUCUCCUCUAGCCUGGCUCAGCACCAGCGUAUCCACACAGGGGAGAAGCCACAUCAAUGCUUGGAGUGUGGGAAGACAUUCAGUCAGUCCUCUAGUCUGGCUCAGCACCAACGUAUCCACACAGGGGAGAAGCCACAUCAUUGCUCAAAGUGUGGAAAGAGCUUCACUCAGUCCUGCAGCCUAGCGAGGCACCAGCGUACCCACACAGGGGAGAAGCCACGUCAGUGCUCGGAGCAUGGAAAGAGCUUUGCAAACUCCCGCAGCCUAGAUCAGCACCAGCGAAUCCACACGCAGAAGCUGCAUCAGUGCUCAGAGUGUGGGAAGAACUUCACUCAGUCCUACAGCCUAGCCCGGCACCAGCGAAUCCACACAGGGCAGAAGCCACAUCAGUGCUCAGACUGUGGGAAGAGCUUCUCUCAGUCCUCCAGCCUGGCUCAGCACCAGCGAAUCCACACAGGGGAGAAGCCACAUCAGUGCUCAGACUGUGGGAAGAGUUUCACUCAGUCCUCCACCUUGGCUCAGCACCAGCUUGUCCACACAGGGGAGAAGCCACAUCAGUGCUCAGUAUGUGCCAAGAGCUUCACUUACUCCUUCAACCUGGCUCAGCACCAGCGUAUCCACACAGGGGAGAAGCCAUAUCAGUGCUCAGAGUGUGGGAAGAGCUUCACUCACUCCUCCAGCCGGACUCAUCACCAACUUAUCCACAUGAGGGAAAAGCCAUAUCUGUGCUCCAAAUUUGGGAAGAGCUUGACCGUAUCUUCCGCCUUGGUCCACCACCAGCAGAUACACACAGGGGAGAAGCCACAUCAGUGCUCAGAGUGUGGGAAGAGCUUCACCCAGUCCUCCCACCUGUCCCGACACCAGCUCAUCCAUACAGGGAAGAAACCACAUGUAUGCUCGGAGUGUGGGAAGUGCUUCCUCCACUCCUUCCAACUGGUUCAGCACCAGUGCAUCCCUGUCCAGGGGCAUCCAUGAUUCUGCCAGCAAUACAGGAAGGGUUUGGGUCUAUAUACCGGGCUUUGCACCCACUGGUGUUUGCAUACAAGGAAGCAGUCUCAUGCUGGUGGGCAGCACCAACAGUUCACCCUUCAUUCAGCCUUUCUAGGCCACUAGAAAACCAAAUGGACACAAAGGCUGGUCUCCCAGGCUUGAUGCAGGUGGAAGUUUAUAAGGAAACACCUCAGGCAGAGGCCAGGACGGAUACUGGGGGAUCUGUGAGAUGAUCCUUGCAUCAGCCUUGGAGCCUGUGCCAUCCCCAUCAUUUUCUAAAACAGCCAGUGCUCCCAGGGGAGAAGAAGCGUCUUCACCAUAGGUGCCUUCCCCAAGACAGCUGGCUCCGUAUGACACCCAGGGACUGUGUUUGGCAGACUCCCACUCUGACGUCCCUGCUGGCCCCGCGGUUCUUGUGCUGAGGCUGUAGAGUUGCAGGAAGGAGAGCGUAUAUUCCUGGGGAAGGAUUCCCUGCUUUCCACUCUGACCAAACCUUUGCUCCCCACCGCAUCACCCAUCUCCCAGGCCUGCACGUGCCCAUCGUGGUCUGCAAGAAACUGCUACUGCCACCCCGUGGGCCCAGUUCAGCCAGUUCUGCUGCUCAGCCCCUCAUCAGAACUUAGCACCACCAGGUGCCAGCUGCACCCCCUGCCUUCCUUCCCACCACGAUAGUCUCUGGAACAGGUUCCUUGGUUAUCAAGCCCCACAACGUAACAUGAUACCCCUGUGGUUGGUCUCUGUCCUCUCAAGAGCUGUGAAAUGCAAUUAUAAGGGUAAAGGAGGUGCA